AUGAAUAACGAGAUUAGUACUCCACAUGGACAGCACUCACCUUUCAGCGAGCAUAUCUCUCCAGAGAAUUCGAGAAACACUUCUCAGUUGCUAUCUCAUACGCCUUCCUCUAGGUAUUCCACUAUUCAACAGAACUCUUCACCCGGUAAUUACCAAUUGCGUGAUGGACGACAUCGUUCGCCAAUAACAAACACAGAGAACCAUGUCGGAACUUCAUCACCAUCUCGUCGACCUGUUGGAACAUUCGAAUACGGUCAUACUUACGGCAGCAGCACUUACAGACAUGACCAAACGACUUUUCUGGGAACACCCAAGUUGUCAACUCGAUACAAGCCCGACAAUGCGUCAUUUCGGUCCCGCCCCAAGCUCAGAUGACUACCGUGGUCGAGCAUUUCCUGUGAAUCAUGACUGGGAGGAGUCAUCGACGUUCCAAGAACCACAGCAACCGAAAACUUACUCAGCUUGCGCCCUUACAAUAUGGAAAGUUGACGAAUUUUGCGGAUUUCUCUGUGAUAGGAAUGCACUAUGUACUAAUCUGCACUUCUACGCUGAUUCAACUACCGUUGUUGAGGAGGACGGCAAGCCACUUGGAGAACUUCCUUCUGAUCGCUUACAACGCGGACACAGGGUUGAGAUAGAGGCUGAGCUGACGGAGAUGGAUGUGUCAGACACGAAUAUUCAUUACAUGAUUCAUGUUCGGAAGCUCAUAAAGCUUGGUAGCGCUGCGAGUUUAGACCUUGUUUACACGCAAGUGCUGAUACCGCUAGUUAUGAAGAAACCGUCAUCAUACUACAGGGCCUUAGCCGAGAACGGAGACCUAGUCUACAUUCAUCCUUCUAUCCUGUAUGCCUCCUCGCUUAUCGACUUCAUGAAGCAACGUAUGCUCAACUGUAGACCUCCUUUUAUUGAUAAUGCUUUGGAAGUGCUUUACUCGAACCACACAAUUCGAGGAGAUGUUACGGUAGCCCCAAGGUGGAUUGGCGAUACCAUUGGAAGAAUGUGUAAUCUGAAACGAAUAUUGAUCAGUUGCGAACCGUACGGCGACACUGCGCAAGGCUACGGAACAGUAGUUGAAGUGGGUUAA